GAGCCUCUGGAUAUGUGGAGGGACUGGGCGGGUCCGCUUCUGAAUGGAAGAGGUCUGUGAGAAGUUAACCUGGUGAUAUCAAUCCGAAGAGCCUGUCAAGUGAAGCCACCUGAAAUAGGGAUAAUAAGAAUCUUAGAGGUUGUUCAGAAGUCUUGGAGUGCAUUUUCAGUGGUUAAGGGAAAAAAAUGACUACUCUUAAGAGUUUAGAAACCAAAGUCACCCUUGCUUCAUCCCCAAUCCGAGGAGCAGGAGAUGGAAUGGAAACUGAGGAGCCACCUAAAUCUGUUGAAGUUACCUCUGGAGUCCAAUCUAGAAAGCAUCGUAGUCUUCAGAGUCCAUGGAAGAAAGCAGUUCCAUCAGAGAGCCCAGGAGUUCUUCAGCUAGGGAAAAUGCUCUCUGAAAAAGCAGUGGAAGUUGAAGCUGUAAGAAUAUUAGUUCCCAAAGCUGCUAUAACUCAUGAUAUCCCCAACAAAAAUAUAAAGGUUAAGUCUCUGGGACAUCAUAAAGGAGAAUUCCAUAGUCAGUCAGAGGGAGUUAUAGAACCUCAUAAGGAACUCUCAGAGGUAAAGAAUGUAUUGGAAAAGCUCAAGAAUUCUGAAAGAAGGUUACUACAGGACAAAGAAGGUCUUUCAAACCAGCUCCGUGUACAGACAGAGGUAAAUCGUGAGUUAAAAAAGUUACUAGUGGCUUCUGUUGGGGAUGAUCUUCAGUAUCACUUUGAACGUCUAGCCCGUGAGAAAAAUCAGCUUAUUCUAGAAAAUGAAGCCCUAGGUGGAAACACAGCUCAGCUUUCUGAACAGCUAGAACGUAUGUCAAUACAGUGUGAUGUAUGGCGAAGUAAAUUCCUUGCAAGCAGGGUAAUGGCAGAUGAGUUAACCAACUCGAGAGCAGUUUUACAGCGUCAAAACCGUGAUGCCCAUGGGGCUAUACAAGAUCUCCUAAGUGAACGGGAACAGUUUCGUCAAGAAAUGAUAGCUACCCAUAAAUUAUUGGAGGAGCUCUUAGUCUCCUUGCAAUGGGGAAGAGAGCAGACUUACUCCCCUAGUGUACAACCCCACAGCACAACAGAGCUAGCAUUAACAAAUCACAAGUUGGCAAAAGCAGUAAAUUCUCAUCUUCUGGGAAAUGUUGGCAUUAACAAUCAAAAAAAGAUUCCAUCAACAGCUGAAUUCUGCAGCACCCCAGCUGAGAAAAUGGCUGAAACGGUUCUACGAAUUUUAGAUCCAGUUACCUGUACAGAGAGCUCACUUGAUAAUCCAUUUUUUGAGUCUUCACCAACCACCUUACUUGCUACAAAGAAAAAUAUUGGACGAUUUCAUCCCUAUACGAGAUAUGAAAAUAUAACUUUCAAUUGUUGUAAUCACUGCCAGGGAGAACUUAUUGCCCUUUAACAGUCAGUAUGUUGGAGGCAUGCUACAGGUACUUGCUUGUUACCCAAGAGUCAUUAUUAUUUGGGAGCUGGGGUUCUUACAAUGCUAGAAGUAAUAUCACUUCCUAUUUACAUAAUGUAUAUACCCAAAGAUGUUUUAUGUACUAGACUCCAGAUUAGCCUUUCUUAAUAAAUAUCUCAGGGUAAGAAAAGAAUGAAACUAUAUAGAUAUAUUUAAAAUAGAGAAUACCUUCCAAAGCAAUAUAUGAUAGUUUUCCUAAAAGACUAUAAAAGAAAAGGAUUCUGUAACUCUUUUUUUUUUUUUUUUUUUUUGAGGCGGAGUUUUGCUCUUGUUACUCAGUCUGGAGUGCAAUGGCACGAUCUCGGCUCACCGCAACCUCCGCCUCCUGGGUUCAGACAAUUCUGCCUCAGCCUCCUGAGUAUCUGGGAUUACAGGCACGCGCCACCAUGCCCAGCUAAUUUUUUGUAUUUUUAGUAGAGACGGGGUUUCACCAUGUUGACCAGGAUGGUCUUGAUCUCUUGACCUCAUGAUCCACCCGCCUCGGCCUCCCAAAGUGCUGGGAUUACAGGCUUGAGCCGCUGCGCCCAGCCCAACUCUCUUUUAAGCACUAAAUUAUUGUUUAUCUUACUGGAUAUUUUAUAUGAACAGUGUUAACUGAGGUGCUCUAAAGCAAGGGUAGGCAAACUACAACCAUGAGUCAAAUAUGGCCACACCCAUUCAUUUACUAUUGUCUACGUUGGUUUUGCACUACAACUGCAGAGUUAAAUAAAUGCAGCAGGGCUUGUAUGGCCUGCAGAGACUAAAGUAUUUACUAUUUGAUCCUUUACAGAAAAAGUUUUCUCACUCCAAUUCUAAAGUAAUUAUAGUAGGGAGCUGGAGGGUUUUCUUUCCCUUUAUAGUAAUUUUUUGAGCUACAAACGAGCCUUGCAAAAAUGGGUGUAGGGAUUAAUCUUUUAAAAAUAAAUGCUAUAUAUUAGGAAUAUAAAAAAUAUUUUAGAACCAAAUUAACAAGUACUUCAGCAAAACAUGUUGGUUUUAUGCAGGGGAUUCUGUAUUCUGAAUGGAGACAAUCUGACAUAUAUAAAAGAAACAGAUUCUUAACUAUUAACUCUUAUUUAGCAAAUGCAACACACAAGAAUAUCCAACUUGAUAUUUAUAAAAGGUAGACUUUUUCUCAAACAUUGUAUAAGCUCAAAGAAAAAAAUGCAAUUAAUUAAUAUAUAGUAUGUAAUAUAUAAUAUUGUAUAUUUAUGAUGAGCCAUCCUAAAUGCCCAUUGCUUAGUCUUUAAGAAUAAUCAAUACUUAAAUCAAAUUAUACAAAUUUGUUGCAGAAGUGCCUGUCAAUAGAGAAAUCUUCAAAAGACAAAUCUGGUCAAAUAAUACUAAUUGUAAUGUCAAUGAUUUCUUUGGCUGAUUUAUCUGAGUUAUAUUUAGUUUUCAAGUGGCAAUAAAUUUCUCUACUUUCUUUA